AUGGCGUACCUUCGGAACAAAUCGAUGGAGUUCCUCAAGCGGUUCGAGGUGCCGGCCAAGAACCCGUCGGAGGACGCGCAGCGCCGGUGGCGGGAGGCCGUCGGCACGCUCGUCAAGAACCGCCGCCGCCGCUUCCGCAUGGUCCCCGACCUCGACAAGCGUUCGCAGGUUGAGACGCAGCGCCGCAACAUUCAGGAGAAGCUUCGUGUUGCACUCUACGUGCAGAAGGCUGCGCUGCAGUUCAUCGAUGCCGCCCGCAAGACGGAGCACCCGUUGCCGGAGAUGGCGCGGCAAUGCGGCUUCUCCGUGAGUGCGGAGGAGCUGGCCACCGUGGUGCGCACCCACGACGGCAAGAGCCUGAGGCACCACAGGGGCGUCGACGGCAUCGCGCGGAAGGUGAACGUCUCCCUCGCCGACGGCGUCAAGUCGGACGAGGCGGGCUUCCGGGCCGAGGUCUACGGCGCCAACAAGUACACCGAGAAGCCGCCGAGGACGUUCUGGAUGUUCCUCUGGGACGCCAGCCAGGACAUGACGCUCCUGCUGCUCGCCUUCUGCGCGUUCAUCUCUGUCGUCAUCGGGCUCGCCACCGAGGGGUGGCCCAGCGGGAUGUACGACGGCCUCGGCAUCAUGCUCACCGUCUUCCUCGUGGUCAUGAUCACCGCGGCCAGCGACUACAAACAGUCGCUGCAGUUCCGGGACCUGGACAGGGAGAAGAAGAAGAUCGACAUGCAGGUCACCCGCGACGGCUACCGGCAGAAGGUGUCCAUCUACGACAUCGUCGUCGGGGACAUUGUCCACCUCUCCAUCGGCGACCAGGUGCCGGCGGACGGCCUGUACAUCGACGGCUACUCGCUCGUGGUCGACGAGUCCAGCCUGUCCGGCGAGAGCGAGCCGGUGCACCUGUCCAACGCCAACCCGUUCCUGCUCGGCGGGACCAAGGUGCAGGACGGGUCGGCGCGGAUGCUGGUGACCGCGGUCGGGAUGCGCACGGAGUGGGGGAACCUGAUGGAGACGCUGAGCCAGGGCGGCGAGGACGAGACGCCGCUGCAGGUCAAGCUCAACGGCGUCGCCACUAUCAUCGGCAAGAUCGGGCUGGCGUUCGCGGUGCUCACGUUCACUGUGCUCAUGGCGCGGUUCCUGGUGGGCAAGGCGCACGCGCCCGGCGGGCUGCUGCAGUGGAGGGGAGCGGACGCGCUCUCGGUGCUCAACUUCUUCGCCGUCGCCGUCACCAUCGUCGUCGUCGCCGUGCCCGAGGGGCUGCCGCUCGCCGUCACGCUCAGCCUGGCGUUCGCCAUGAAGAAGCUCAUGCAGGAGCGCGCGCUCGUCAGGCACCUCUCGGCGUGCGAGACCAUGGGGUCGGCGAGCUGCAUCUGCACGGACAAGACCGGCACGCUCACCACCAACCACAUGGUCGUCGAGAAGGUCUGGGCGUCCGGGGCGGCGCAGACGGUGAGCAUCGCCAAGGGCUUUGACGAGCUCCGGUCGUCGGUGUCGGAGAACUUCACGAGGGUGCUGCUAGAGGGCGUCUUCCACUGCUCCGGCUCGGAGGUCGUCACGAGUAAGGACGGAAGGACUAGCGUCAUGGGCACGCCCACCGAGACGGCCAUCCUGGAGUUCGGCCUCGAGGUGGAGAAGUACACCAAGGUGGAGCACGCCGGCGCCAAGAAGCUCAAGGUGGAGCCGUUCAACUCGGUGAAGAAGACCAUGGCUGUGGUUAUCGCGUCCCCGAACGCCGCCGGCCACCCGCGCGCGUUCCUCAAGGGCGCGUCCGAGGUGGUCCUGAGCCGGUGCAGCUCCGUCAUCGACGGCACUGGCAGCGUGGAGAAGCUCACGGACGCGAAGGCGAAGCGCGUGGCCAGCGCCAUUGAUGCAUUUGCGUGCGAGGCGCUGCGCACGCUCUGCCUGGCGUACCAGGACGUCGGCGGGGCCAGCGACGUCCCUGGCGACGGGUACACGCUCAUCGCGGUGUUCGGCAUCAAGGACCCGCUCCGUCCUGGCGUGAGGGAGGCCGUGAAGACGUGCCAUGACGCGGGCAUCAACGUCCGCAUGGUCACCGGCGACAACAUCAACACUGCUAAGGCGAUCGCGAGGGAGUGCGGCAUCCUCACUGACGACGGCAUCGCCAUCGAGGGCCCCGAGUUCCGGGCCAAGAGCCCCAACGAGAUGAGAGAGCUCAUACCCAAAAUCCAGGUGAUGGCUCGGUCGUUGCCACUGGACAAGCACACGCUGGUGACGAACCUGAGGGGCAUGUUCAACGAGGUGGUGGCGGUGACCGGCGAUGGCACCAAUGACGCGCCGGCGUUGCACGAGGCCGACAUCGGCCUAGCCAUGGGCAUUGCAGGAACAGAGGUUGCCAAGGAGAACGCCGACGUGAUCAUCAUGGACGACAACUUCUCGACCAUCAUCAACGUCGCCAAAUGGGGCCGGUCGGUCUACAUCAACAUCCAGAAGUUCGUGCAGUUCCAGCUCACGGUGAACGUCGUCGCCCUGAUGGUGAACUUCGUCUCUGCAUCCUUCACAGGAAGCGCCCCUCUGACGAUCGUGCAACUGCUGUGGGUGAACCUGAUCAUGGACACCCUGGGCGCCCUGGCGCUGGCGACGGAGCCCCCGAACGACACGAUGAUGCAGCGGCCGCCGGUCGGCCGAGGCGACAACUUCAUCACCAAGGUGAUGUGGCGGAACAUCGUCGGCCAGAGCAUCUACCAGCUCGCCGUGCUCGGCGUCCUCAUCUUCAAGGGCAAGAGCCUCCUCCGGCUGAACGGCGUCGGCGAUCUCUCCGACACCCAGCUCAACACGUUCAUAUUCAACACCUUCGUGUUCUGCCAGGUCUUCAACGAGGUGAACAGCCGGGAGAUGGAGAAGAUCAACGUGUUCAGCGGCAUCUUCAGCAGCUGGAUCUUCUCGGCGGUCGCCAGCGCCACCGCCGCGUUCCAGGUGAUCAUCGUGGAGCUCCUGGGGACUUUCGCGAGCACGGUGCACCUCAGCGGGAGGCUCUGGCUCGCCAGCGUGCUCAUCGGCUCGGUCAGCCUGGUGAUCGGCGCCGUCCUGAAGCUCAUCCCUGUCGAUUCCGGCAGUGGUGUCUCGUCUGACCGCCACGAUGGGUACCAGCCCAUCCCCACCGGCCCCAACGCCGUGUGA